AUGACUUCAUUUAUCAGUGCACAAGUGCUAUCCAAAACUGUCAUUCAAUCACAAGUUCAAGCAUCCAUUGAACAAUUUCAAUCAGCUGCAUCAACUCAAUUUGUAACACAAUUACAAUUAGAAACAAAAGGGUUGUCCGGAAAUUCAAAUAAAUGUCCUGGAAAUUCAAAUAAAGCAUUAUAUGCAUCAAGAGGUAUGAUGAGUGGUUGUUAUCCAAUUGAAGCUCUUCUUCAACCGACACUUCAAUAUUUCUAUGAUCAACAAUGUAUCGAUUCGAAUAGUCAAUUUUUAAAACUAGAUAUUUCUUCUUUAGAAAAAAGAUGUCAACCAUCAUUAUGUAGUUAUUCAUAUCUUGGACAUCAUAGUACAAUUGAAAUAAUAACAUCACUCAUUAAUAUUUAUGGUGGUUUGGUAAUUAUUACUCAACGUAUAGCUGUCAUACUUACAAAAGUAUGGCUAUGUCGAACACAUCGAGUUAAUUCAGACACAAAUUGA